GGCCCCCGAGCUGUUGGAAGCCGCCGACUCGUCCACCCUCAACGCGCACCCGGAGGCCGGGGACGAGCAGAGCAAGAGACAAACGGCGGGUACACGCGGCGCGCACCGCCAGGGGUUCCACGACUGCGUUUUCUCCGGGCCUCGCGCGAAGUCGAGCAUCAGCAGCCUCUCAACUCAUUCACUGAGGAGGUUUAUCUCACCAACCAGAAGAGAUGAGCAGCGGCAAGAAGAUGGAGGACGAGGCGGUGCUGGACCGGGGCGCGUCCUUACUCAAGCACCUCUGCGACGAGGAGGAGGUCGAGGGCCACCACACCGUCUACAUCGGCGUGCACGUGCCCAAGAGCUAUCGGCGGCGGCGGCGCCACCGCCGGAAAGCCGGCCAGAAGGACAGGAAGGAGCGGCUGACGGAGAACGCCUCUGACAAGUCGGACACCGAAAACAACGACGAGGCCAGCAACAGCAUCCUCAAACCCCUCGUCUCGCCGGCAGCCGAGAGGAUCCGCUUCAUCCUCGGCGAGGAGGACGACGGCCCGCCGCCGCCUCAGCUCUUCACGGAGUUGGACGAGCUGCUGUCGGUCGACGGACAGGAGAUGGAGUGGAAGGAGACGGCCAGGUGGAUCAAGUUCGAGGAGAAGGUGGAGAAAGGAGGCGAGCGCUGGAGUAAACCCCACGUGGCCACGCUGUCCUUGCACAGCCUCUUUGAGCUGAGGACGUGCAUCGAGAAAGGCACCAUCAUGCUCGACAUGGAGGCCUCCACCCUCCCGCAGGUUGUUGAGAUGAUCACCGACAACCAGAUAGAGAUCGGCCAGCUGAAAGCGGAGCUGAAGGACAAAGUGAUGUACACGUUGCUACGGCGACAUCGUCACCAGACCAAGAAGUCCAACCUGCGCUCGCUGGCCGACAUCGGCAAGACGGUCUCCAGUGCAAGUAGGCUGUUUUCCAACCAGGAGAACGCUCGUAGUCCUCUGGAGACCUCUGUGACUUGCCUGUCGGGUCACAUUUCAAUGGAGGACUUGCAGUCCCAGAGGAGUACCAGCAUGGACUGGCUCAAUAGUCCCACCACGGCUCACCGGAACCUGACCUCCAGCAGCCUGAACGACGUCUCCGACAAACCGGAGAAAGAACAGCUGAGGAACAAGUUCAUGAAGAAGUUGCCGAGAGACGCCGAGGCCUCCAACGUGCUGGUGGGGGAGGUGGAGUUCCUGGACGCGCCGUUCGUGGCGUUCGUGCGUCUGCAGCAAGCCGUGAUGCUGGGAGCGCUCACCGAGGUCCCCGUCCCCACCAGAUUUCUAUUCAUCUUGCUGGGACCCAAAGGCAAAGCCAAGUCGUACCACGAGAUCGGCAGAGCGAUCGCCACGCUGAUGUCGGAUGAGAUCUUUCACGACAUCGCGUACAAGGCCAGGGACAGACAGGACCUGCUGGCCGGCAUCGACGAGUUCCUCGACGAGGUCAUCGUGCUUCCCCCGGGCGAGUGGGACCCGGCCAUCAGGAUCGAGCCCCCCAAAUCCCUCCCCUCCUCGGACAAAAGGAAAAACAUGUACGCAGGAGACUCUCAGAUGAACGGAGAUAUGCCUCACGGUGGAGGUCAUGGAGGAGGAGGACAUGCUGCCGGGGACGAGCUAAAGAAGACGGGAAGGUUUUGCGGCGGUCUCCUGCUUGACAUCAAAAGGAAAGCGCCUUUCUUCGUCAGUGACUUCACCGACGCGUUUCACAUUCAGGCCUUGUCGGCCAUUUUGUUCAUCUACCUUGGAACCGUCACGAACGCCAUCACCUUCGGCGGUCUGCUGGGGGACGCUACGGAAAACAUGCAGGGCGUGUUGGAGAGCUUCAUGGGCACAGCGCUCACCGGCGUGGCGUUCUGCCUGAUGGGCGGCCAGCCCCUCAUCAUCCUCAGCAGCACCGGACCCGUCCUGGUGUUUGAGCGGCUGCUCUUCAAUUUCAGCAGAGACAACUCGUUGGACUACCUGGAGUUCCGCCUGUGGAUCGGCCUGUGGUCGGCGUUCUACUGCCUGAUGCUCGUGGCCACCGACGCCAGCUACCUGGUUCAGUACUUCACCCGCUUCACCGAGGAGGGCUUCUCCUGCCUCAUCAGCUUCAUCUUCAUCUACGAUGCCUUCAAGAAGAUGCUCAAACUGGCCCACCACUACCCCAUCAACGCCGACUUCAAGAUGGAGCACGUCACGCAGUACGACUGCCUCUGUAUGGCGCCGGCUGUUCUCGAGAACACGACGGACUUGGUCGACAAUCCACUGGACGGUUCUUCGCCCUGGUACCUGAACACCACUGAUCUGCCCAUGAACGCCACCUGGUCGUCCCUCUCAAAGUCGGACUGCUUGAAGUACAACGGCGAGCUGGUGGGGAAGGCCUGCGAGUUCAUCCCGGACAUCACCCUCAUGUCCUUCAUCCUGUUCUUCGGCACCUACACCUGCUCCAUGUGCCUGAAGAAGUUCAAGACCAGCCAGUUCUUCCCCACCAGCGUGAGGAAGCUCAUCAGCGACUUCGCCAUCAUCCUGGCCAUCCUCAUCUUCUGCGGCGUCGACAUGCUCGUCGGAGUCGAAACUCCCAAACUCAUCGUGCCGAGUGAAUUCAAGCCGACGAGUUCCAAGCGGGGCUGGUUUGUGCCCCCGUUCGGAGGGAACCCCUGGUGGGUUUACCUGGCGGCGUCCCUCCCCGCCCUGCUGGUCACCAUCCUGGUCUUCAUGGACCAACAGAUCACCGCCGUGAUCGUCAACAGGAAGGAGCACAUGCUGAAGAAAGGGGCCGGUUACCACCUGGACCUGCUCUGGGUGGCCAUUCUGCUCAUCAUCUGCUCCUUCAUGGGUCUGCCGUGGUACGUGGCCGCCACCGUCAUCUCCAUCGCCCACAUCGACAGCCUGAAGAUGGAGACGGAGACGUCGGCCCCCGGGGAGCAGCCCAAGUUCCUGGGUGUGAGAGAGCAGCGGCUCACCGGUGUCGUCGUGUUCAUCCUGACCGGACUCUCUGUACUCAUGGCUCCUAUUUUAAAGUUCAUCCCGAUGCCGGUGCUGUAUGGAGUCUUCCUCUACAUGGGAGUCGCCUCUCUCAAUGGAGUGCAGUUCAUGGAUCGUCUGAAGCUGCUUCUGAUGCCAGCGAAGCACCAGCCCGACCUGGUUUACCUGAGACACGUUCCCCUCAGGAAGGUCCACCUCUUCACCUUCAUCCAGAUCCUCUGCCUGGCCCUGCUGUGGGUCCUCAAGUCCACGGUGGCCGCCAUCGUGUUCCCCGUCAUGAUCCUCGCUCUGGUGGCCGUCAGAAAAGCGAUGGACUACAUGUUCUCGCAGUAUGAACUCGGCUUCCUGGACGACGUCAUCCCGGAGAAGGACAAGAAGAAGAAAGAGGACGAGAAGAAGAAGAAGAAAAAGCGAGGCAGCCUAGACAGCGAGGCUGAAGACUCCGACUAUCCUUACAGUGAAAAAGUUCCCAACAUUAAAAUCCCCAUGGACACGAUGGAGCAGGAGCCUUUCUUAGGCGAUAAGGCCUGUGACAGACAGAAGUCCCCAUCGUUGCUCGAACGACACACAUCGUGCUGAUCGCUACUACCAAGACAGCUGCUCGUCCAGCCUGGAGAUGAGUCCGCUCAGGUCCGUCCCGCAGAUCAGGAUCGACAUGGACCCCGACGACAACGACGACAACUCCUUCUACUGGAGGAGCCGGGGAUCCGAGACGUCUCUGUAGAGCCGCGCGAGGCGACAAAAUACCGUCUUUAACUCUCUGAAUAUGUCACAAGGAAAAGAAACACAACACGGAGUCACGUUUCUUAUAAUCGGGCUGUUUCUCCUCACGCUGUGGUCUCUUCCUCACAGGCAAACCGUCUCUCAUCUACACGCCUCACUGCUCCUUUUGUUUUCAUUCUUUGCAUCAUGAACAUGUAAACAAAUAUCGUCCGUGCUUUUUUUUUUUAUAUAGGGUGAUUUACUUAAAUAACAUUUUCCUGUAGCAGGAAUCUUUUUUUUUCUUUAGCUCUACCUCUCGUUUUAGAUUAAAAGCUUGUUGUGAACAAAUGCAGGAUGUUGAUUUUCGUUUUUU